AGCGUCGCAUCUACAAAGACAAGUCCCUCAAGAUACUCAAAGGCCACUCAUCUCACAGAGUUCUAUCCUUACUUGAAUGGAGGGUCCCAAAUUCCUUCAGUGCCCGUUGAGAAUGAACGAAAGGAUAAUAGCAGGCAAACAUCUAUGAAAUCUCCAGCUCAUGAAAGAAGACAAUCCCUAAGCACAAUGAACACAUAUCAAUCAUUUUCACCAUCUACAUUAGACCUGCAAACUCUGGUUACUAAAACGGACAUGUCCAAAACAACUGAAGCAUAUAAUGACAUUUUAGCUGCCUCUGAAGAUUACAGAAAGGCAUUAUUACAAGUUGCAGAGGCUGCUGGUAAUUUCGGUGCUGCCUUGGAGAAUGGGGCUAAAUGUAAAGGAUCUGGGAAUGCUGCUGAUGGCUUAUUGUCUGCUAGUGGACUAUAUUUUUUGGUUGCUAAUCAUCAACAAAUUUUAGCACAUAGUGUUAAGGAAUCUUUUGAAGUUCCAGUAUCCAAAGAAAUCAAUAAAUUUAAAUUAACUAGUGCAAAGAAUGAUGAAAUCUUUAAGAAUGAGAUUAAAGAGAAAGUUACAAAUUUGAAGAAACAAGAACGUGAAAAUAUGAAAUUAUCAAAAUUGAAAUCAAGAAAUUUAGUGACUUAUAGAUCUAAAUUAUUACAGUUAACAUCACAUAUUGAUGAAAUAGAUAGAGCCAAGCAUGACUAUUACCAAUCUGCAUUUGACUUAGUGCAGGACACAUCACUCAAUAUUUUAAAACAAUUAGGUUCUAUAGUACGGGCACAAGUUGAAAUUUAUGAAGGUAUUGCCAGAAAAGGGUGGUCUGGUGGUGGGUUAGACGAAUUGAUAACAGGAUGUCCAGACCCUUUCACUAAUGAAGAUGAUGAAGAUGAAGAUGAAGAACAUGCACAAAAUCAUAAUGAUAUUCAGUUCGGGAGUGACAACGCCAUUGAUAAUGAGGAUAAUGAUGAUGAUGAUGAUGAACAAGAUGAUGGUGAUGCUGAUGACGAUGAUGAUGAUACCAUUGGUCCUAUUCCCCAACUGAAAGAACAAUUACCACUCACAUCAAAUACACAUGGGCUCGUGUUCAAUAGUCAUACAGGUUCAGUUACAGAACCUAUAUUGAGUCAUUCGCAUUCCACUAAAUCUUUUGAAAAAACUUUAAAAAGUAAUGAAGUGAUACAAUCAAGCACGCCAAAAGAUACACCAAUCAAUCCAAACAUUGAUGAUUCAAUCGAUGACAAUUCGUUCUCGCUGCCACUUCCUGGGUCUUCUUCCAGAAAUAACAUGAAGAGUAAUGUGGACUCUAAUGAUGAAGAGAAAGAAAAUAAGCUAAGCAAGGAAUCAAUUGAUGAGGCUAAUGCUGCUGGGUUUAAUGAAAGUGAAGUUGAAACAGAACAUGAAGGUGAAGAUGUGGAAGGGAAGGGAAAAGAUCAUGAUGAAAUUCCUCGACAAGAUUUUUAUGGUGUGAAAAAUGAAUGGUUAGAGUAGAAAUGGGUUUUUCCAUAGUGUAAAGAAUGGACAUU